GCAGCAGCAGCCAUGGAUGAAAUGGAGGAAGAGUUGAAAUGCCCCGUGUGCGGCUCUUUUUUCCGGGAGCCCAUCAUACUGCCCUGCUCCCAUAACAUUUGCCUGGCUUGUGCUCGGAACAUUCUUGUGCAGACCCCCGAUGCCGAGUCUCCACAGAGCAGCCGAGCCUCCGGAUCCGGCGUCUCCGAUUAUGAUUACCUGGAUUUGGAUAAAAUGAGUCUCUACAGUGAGGCGGACAGUGGCUAUGGCUCCUAUGGGGGCUUCGUCAGCGCUCCGACGACCCCUUGCCAAAAAUCACCAAACGGGGUGCGGGUUUUCCCCCCGACUGUCCCCCAGCCUCCUCCGCAACAGCACCUGCUACCGCAGCCCGGCUCUUUGCCCCCGAUCCCCCGCAACUCCUGCAUCACUUGCCCGCAGUGUCACCGCAGUCUCAUCCUGGACGACCGGGGUCUCCGCGGAUUCCCCAAGAACCGGGUGCUUGAAGGGGUUGUGGACAGGUACCAGCAGAGCAAAGCGGCCGCCCUCAAGUGCCAGCUCUGCGAGAAGAGUCCGAAGGAGGCCACGGUAAUGUGCGAGCAGUGCGACGUCUUCUACUGCGACCCGUGUCGCCUGCGGUGCCAUCCUCCCCGCGGUCCCCUCGCCAAGCAUCGCCUGGUGCCCCCGGCGCAGGGGCGGAUAAGUCGCCGAGCGAGCCCCCGCAAAAUCUCCACUUGCACAGAGCACGAACUGGAGAAUCUAAGCAUGUACUGUGUACAGUGUAAGAUGCCUGUAUGUUAUCAGUGCUUGGAGGAAGGGAAACACGGCACACACGAAGUCAAAGCUUUGGGCGCAAUGUGGAAACUGCACAAGGGUCAGCUGUCCCAGGCUCUCAACGGCCUGUCAGACCGAGCCACUGAGGCCAAGGAGUUCCUGGUCCAGCUGAGAAACAUGGUGCAGCACAUCCAGGAGAACGGAGUGGAGUUCGAGGCGUGUUUGGUGGCUCAGUGCGACGCCCUCAUCGACGCCCUGAACCGACGUAAGGCCCAGCUGCUGGCCCGGGUAAACAAAGAGCACGAACACAAGCUGAAGGUGGUUCGGGAUCAGAUCUCCCACUGUACGGUGAAGCUGCGUCAGACCACGGGGCUGAUGGAGUACUGUCUGGAGGUGAUCAAGGAGAAUGACCCCAGUGGUUUCCUCCAGAUCUCUGAUGCUUUGAUCCGGAGAGUACACAUGACGGAGAGUCAGUGGGGGAAGGGAACCCUCACUCCAAGGAUGACCAGCGACUUUGACCUCACUCUGGACAGCGGGCCCCUCCUGCAGACAAUCCACCAGCUGGACUUUGUCCAGAUGAAAGUCCCAGCUGCUCCGAUGCUCCAGCUGGAGGAAUGCUGCACUCAGAACAACAGUGCCACGUUGUCAUGGAAACAGCCACCACUCUCCACCAUCGCCGUGGACGGAUACAUCCUGGAGCUGGACGAUGGAAACGGGGGGCCAUUCAGGGAAGUAUACGUGGGGACGGAGACCAUCUGCACAGUGGACGGGCUGCAUUUCAACAGCACAUACAAGUCCAGAGUGAAGGCCUUUAACGCCAGCGGAGUGGGCCAGUACAGCAAGACACUGAUCAUGCAGACAUCUGAGAUUGCUUGGUUCACCUUUGACCCAGCCUCCGCUCACCCGGACAUCAUCUUCUCCAACGACAACCUGACGGUGACGUGCAACAGCUACGAUGACAGAGUGGUCAUGGGUAAUUCUGCCUUCUCCCGUGGCGUGCAUUACUGGGAGAUGACCAUCGAUCGCUAUGACAACCACCCAGACCCUGCCUUCGGGGUCGCCCGGGGUGACGUCUUGAAGGACGUGAUGCUGGGGAAGGACGACAAGGCCUGGGCCAUGUACGUGGACAACAACCGCUCCUGGUUCAUGCACAACAACUCGCACACCAACAGGACGGACGGUGGCAUCAGUAAAGGAGCUACAAUAGGAGUGCUGCUUGACUUCACACGCAGGAUCCUCAUCUUCCUCAUCAACGAUGAGCAGCAGGGUCCGGUGGCGUUCGAAGGGUUGGAGGGCGUCUAUUACCCUGCUAUCAGCCUCAACCGAAAUGUCCAGGUCACACUGCACACUGGUCUACCCAUCCCUGAUUUCUACACCCCUGGGGAGGCAGAUGCGACUGGCUCUGUGUGCUAGAGACUCACCACCAACCAGUUUUGGUCCUGCAAGUCACAUACUAUGAUCUCACCCCUCCUCUUGUCUCCCUGACCUACUGACCCCGUGACUCUCUGUAACAGGCCCCGUCCAGCGCUGAGCCAUGCCUUUAUCAUGCCUAAACCUUGGACACAUGGACCAGCUGCAGAACACUGUCAAAGCGGUUGCUUUACCAUCUGUACUUUGUAUUUCGACAUGAAGGAGGCGAAAUCCUGCUGGAAAGUAAUCGUGAUCUCAAGCCGAUGGAUCUGGAAUGUUAUAAAUGUAUGUACAUUCAUCAUGAUAUGCGCUUAAAGGAGUAGUUUUACAUUUGGGAAAAAAUGCUUACUUGCUCUCUUUUUGAGAGCUAGAUGAGAAGAUUGAUACCAGUCUCACGUGUGUCUGGUAAAUAUUUACCUACAGCCAGCAGCCAGUUAAGCUUAGCUUAGCAUAAAGACUGGAAACGGGGGGAAAGGCUCGCCUGGCUCUGUAAUACCUCUACCAACACCUCUAUGGAUCACUCAUUAAAGAAUCAUGUAUCAGGGGCUGGUAGGUGGAUUUUGUUACCAUUGGACAGAGACAGACAGAGCUAGUCGCUUCCCCCAUUUCCAGUCUGUAUGCUAAGCUAAGCUAACUGACUGCCUGCUGCAGCUUCACACAUUUUACACACAUGAGAGUGGUAUCAAUCCAAGUGAAUGUUUCCCAAUUUGUCAAACAAUCCCUUUUGACGAAGGAGGCGGUUUCGUAAAUGAGUUGACUUAGAAGAAGGAGCCCCCGUCAUGCCAUCAAGUACUAGGCACACGUGUAAAUGUUUCCCUGCCAUCGGUCAAGAACGUCUGCACAAAUUUAAAACACCAGGGGGAGCACGAGGGGUCGUCUUUUCUGUGGGGUUGUGCGAACGUGUGUGGGGGCGGGUGGAUGGAUGGGUCGAGACCGGUCGGCAGCUGCAGUGACACCUGGACGAGAGCAACAGCCCCAUCUCCCAGCCGUGUCACUGUCGUAUCCUCGUCCGUUUAAAUGAGACGCUUUUCUUAGUGGCUUAGCUCACGUGAACCUUCUGUGUUGUCUGUUAAAAAAAACAAAACAAAAACAAAAACACAGCAUUGGCGGAAAUAAUCAUGCUGGAAGCGAGGCCUUCGUGCAGGCUUCCUCUGCAGUGCAGCCUACAGAACAAAACAGGAGGGAUUUUUGGUUUAAUGUAUCAUAAAAGCAGGCGAAACUGUAUGUUGAAGUGAGUUAAAGAUGAUGACUGUGAAGCUGUUUGAACAAGGUGCUACAGCAGCUCGCUUAGUUCUGGCUUUUUUUUUUACUGUAGGUGACUGAAUCCUGGUAGUUUUGUAAUAUUGUUAUUGAAAUGAUCUAUUGCAAAGAGGUGUAUAGUUAAAUAAGUUAUUGAUGUUCAAAGUUUUUCAAUGAGAAUUCAUCAUUGUUCCUUCAUUUGAUGUAUAGUUAUUACAGAAAGGAAGUACCCGAAUCUUUUUGUCGCUUUAAAAAUUUAGUUUCGGAGUUUGUUCUUAAACUGAAGAGGCUUUUCAGAUGCCGUGGGAACCAGUUUAUGUCCUACAAAAGAGACGGGAACCGUGAUGAUGCACCGGAAUUUUUUUUGUGGCGUCACAUUUGGGCAACAGCCUCCCCGACUGGCGACGAUGCGAGACGAACAGUCAGAAACUUCUUGGGACUAAGCCAUGCUAGCAGCUCAGUCAGGCGGUGCGUAGGCACAGCGGUACUUAAAGCUAAAUGCUAAUGCUAACGUGGCAACAUACUCACAGUGACAGUGCUAACAUGCCGAUAAAUAGCAAGUAUAAUGUUUACCAUGUUCACCAUCCUUGUUUAGCAUGCUAGAAUCUGCUAAUCAGCACUAACACAAAGUGUCAUCAGUUUUGCAACUUGAAAUUUUGACCCGAUGAUGGCACCGGAGGACAAAACUAAGGUAUCACCCAAGUUUUUGCAGGACAUGGAUGUGUGUACCGCAUUUCAUGUGUGUCCAUCCAAUAGUUGUUGAGAUAUUUCGCUCAAAACCACAAAUGUAAAUCUCAUGGUGGCACCAGAGGAAAAGCCGUAGGAUCACCAGAGUCAUGAGGAUUCAUCCUCUAGGAGCCGUGAAAAAACAUGAAAAAUUUUGUUGCAAUACAUUCAAUAAAUAUCUAAAUUUAAACUCAUGGUGGCGCUAGAGUAAAAAUCAGAGGAUUCUAAACUCAGUAGGGGACAGUGAAUGGCUGUCCAAAAUUUCGUAGGAACACGCCCAGUAGAUUUUGAUAUAAUUCAGUCCGGACCAAAGCGGUGGACCAACGUUACCACACAGCUAGCAUGGUGAAAAAUGUUUCCUAACAUCCUAACUGAAGUUAAAAUGUUUAGGGGUCAGUUUGAGGGGAACUGUUGCCUCUUGAAGAUCGUAGCCCUGAGACAUACAGUUCAUGUCUAGCAUUUACAUAAGGUGCUAUCAUGUGUUUGAGCUUCGUGGGUGUGCCUUUCCCCCCCUCUUCGAUACCCAAAAGUUUUAUGAAACUUUGCUACAAACUAGAUUCAUUGCUUCAGCAGAGCCAACUGUAACAUCUGUGAUGCCUGACUUCACCUGCUGCUACAUAUUUUUUCUAUUGCUAAGGAUAUAAUAACCCCAGUAUUGAAGGGAAUAUUACAGUCAGGUAUGGCAAGGUGUGUUUUCUUAACCUUUUAAAUUGUCUGAUGUUUUUUUUUUUUUUCCUCUUCCCCUGGGAUUAAACAGAUUGUAAAUCAUCUGAUAUCACAUGGCCGCUAAAAUGGCCGCACACAGUAAACUUUACAAUUUCCGGUAUGAUAUGUGCGUGUGUGCUUACAGCGAUUAACUACUCCCGGCUACUGCAGCUUUCGGCAAGUUGCACAGCCUUUGCUGCGAGGCCGAAUUCGAGCUUCGAUUUACACAACAUUUAAUUGGCUGUUUUUCGAGGCAAGCCUUUUGUCCGGCCGUAAUUGUAAUGCUACAGUACAAAAGCAGCUCAUUCUACAGUGGGUCACUGAGCAGCGAGAGCUUCCUUUGACUCAUACACGGACAAGUGCGGCCAUUAUCACAGCAUUACACAACCUCAGAUUCCAGGACAAAUAAACAAUAACCACUUUAAUUCAGCAAAGCAGUUUAUUAAAGGUCCAUAUGUCCUGUAUAAGAAGACGCACACACAUUUUUUUUAACUUUUUAACAUAGGGUAAAUACUCUUUUAACAUAAUCUGUGUGAAAAUGUGAACGUUUUUGAUUGAAAAAUGAGAAAAUGUGUGUUUCUGUACCGAACACAUGAGAGUGCUGACAUAAAAAAGUGUGUGAUUGUAACAUUUAUUAUUUCUAAACCAGCCGAAUACACUUUAAUGAUAUUAAAAAUGGACCCAGGGGUGAUUAGAAGUCUAUCAUACAGCCUCUUUAAACUUUUAUGAAUUAUUGAAAACUUACACACAGUCGCUGGGCGACACUGGGUGUUAUAUCUCCAAAUGUACAUACAUACGUGUGUGUGACUGAGUGCGUGUGAGUGUGUGUUACCUGCAUUAUAACCUAAUUUUAACUCCAAAGUGAUUCUUUUUGCCCUGUUUGUACCGAGCUGGAAUGCCAUCACUCAAUAUUAUUAUUUACAGUGAUACUGAAAUAUGUGUAUGGAGAAUUUUAUGAAUAUAAAAUGAACAUUGUUACUACUAUGAUUUUAACAAGGUAUGAUAACUAUGAUUGUUAUAAUUAAUGUCUAUCAUUACCACAGUACUGCUAUAAUUAUGAUGAUUUGAAGUGUAAUACGAGGCUCUGUGUUUGCUGUAUGUGUGAAUAUUCAAU